AUGUCGCAUUGUGCAUCCAUCCUGCUCCUCCGAGUGUGGGAAGAGCACAUGCCAUGUUGCACCAGUUCUGUCCCCCAUGUUUUCUUCACCGGGUGCAAAUGCUUUCUUGCCUCUUGUCAUCUCCCUCCUGUCAUCUGCCCUUCUCUCUCAUUUGCUGCUGCCUUACAUCCCUAUUCCAAGGCCAACCCCGCAUGUCCCCUGCCAUACCUCAUUCCUUCACUCUCCGUAAGCAUCCAUCCCUGUCGUUCACUGCAUUUCUCUGCCUCCUUCCGUGCAGGAAUAUUCCCAAUAACGGCCUCACAGGCUCCAUCCCCGAGUCCCUCACAGCCAUCACUUCCUUGGCGUACCUGUCAGUCCCUUGGCCCUGCUUUCUUUCUUGUCGGGUCUCUUUGCAUUCACUGCUUGUCUCGUUGCCCAUCCCUCUGCUUCACCCUUUCGCCUUUGCUUCAAAUUGUCACGUCCCGUCCCGCUGCCAUUGCCAGGCUUGAGGCACACCUCUCUUCUUCCGUGUCCCCCUGCCUGGCCUCUUAUGCGCCACAGGAACGCGGCAAGCGCAAGCCACUUCAUUGGGGCGUCAUUGUGGGAAUUGUGGCUGCUGUUGUUGUCACAGCGGUGUUUGCUGCACUCCUCUACUUCUACUGCUUCGACAAACCACCAAGGCGCCUCCUCCCUUGGCUUCCCAAACUUAUCAACCCUGAGUCACAUCUGCUGCCUGCCCUUUCUCCGUGCCUGCUCCGCCCCACAGCGCUGGUGAGCAGCAAGGCGGCAGCGCGGGUGUGUCAGGAGUAUUCACUGGCGGCGGUGGUGAAAGCAACCAACGGGUGGUCCGAGGCCAACCUGCUGGGCAUGGGAGGGUUUGGUGACGUGUAUCGCGGCGUCUCUCCCACCGAUGGCACCACUCAGUGGGCCGUGAAGCGAGCCAGGACCGUCACCACCGACUUCGAUAAAGAGGUGUGUGCGAUGGCCACAAAGGACCACCCCAACCUGGUGAAACUACUCGGCUUCUCAAUCGGCAUCACCGGCAAGACAAGGGUCGAGCAAGUCCUCAUCUACGAGCUCAUGCCCAACGGGGACCUCUCGCGAUGGAUCGGGAAAGAGGCAGCAACACCGCUGAGCUUUGAGCAGCGGGUGGGAGUGCUGGUGGGGGCGGCACGCGGCUUUGAGUAUCUCCACAGCUUCCCCAUCAUUCACCGCGACAUCAAGCCCGCCAACAUCCUGCUUGAUGACCGCAUGCAGACUAAGAUUUCAGACUUUGGGCUUGUGAGGAAGGACGAGGGCACAACACUACAGAGCACGCGAGUGCUGGGAACACCGGGCUAUGUGGACCCCUCUUAUGCCGCAACCAACAAGGCCACCACCGCCACUGAUGUCUACAGCUUCGGCAUUCUCAUGCUUGAGCUCAUGACAGGCCGCAACGUCAUCACCGAUUCUUUCAGCAUUCCCUUCGAUGAGGAGGCGGGUCAGCAGCUGCACAUCCUUCCCUGGGUCCAGCAGCAGCUGGCACAAUCCGGCAGCAACAAGGGGGUGGUGGCAGUCCUCAAGGACGAGCGCAUGGAUGCGCGGGAUGACUUGGUGUUGAGGGUGGUGCAGCUGGCACUGCGAUGCACCGACAAGCAGAGCGCCACGCGGCCGGCCAUGGGGGUGAUCGCAGCCGAGCUGGAGGCCGUGCUGGUGGGGCUGGGCGGCGCACACAGAAAUGCUGGUCCCCGUCAGGUGGAUCAAGAGGUUGAGUUGCAGAAGAAGUCUGUUACCAGUACGACUUUGGAUACGGAGAUUGAUCGUCUAAAUGACCUGUUGUGCGUUGAUGGCGUUGAAAUGCCAUGA